AGUGAUCACAUUGCGCACGUUAAAUGUUUUUUCUACGCACAAUAGCGUAUCCUUUUAUGUUUUUAUUAAUAAAAAUUCUGAUAAGGUUAUGAAAGCGAAAGUUAUUAAUUUGUGACAUUAAAGAGAUUGAGGAAGCAGAAGAAAUCUAUUCCCUUAAAUACAGAUUUGUUAUUACGCGCCUGAAGAACGAUAAGACGUGUCGGUCUUGGCUAUAUAAUGAAUUAAUCUUUCACUUAGACUUUCAGUUUAAUUCACUGUGCGACGUAAAACUGAAAUUUUAAUUAAAAAUAAUUAUUUUUACUUCAUUUUAUAAUUAUAUAAAAAAGGACUAUAAAUGGCUUCUAUUGUGCCAAGAUUGAAUGAAGUGCGCAAAAAAACAUUGCAAAGUUUCGCUGAAGAAUUUGGAGAGAUUGCUAAUAUUUGUGUCUGCGCACCUGGACGAGUUAAUUUAAUCGGUGAACAUACCGAUUACAAUGAUGGAUUUGUUUUACCGAUGGCUCUACCUAUGGUCACCAUAAUUGCUGGGAAAACAACUGAAAAUAGUGUUUGUAGAAUAAUUUCAAUAUGCAAUGCAAUUGGUGAUAAAAAUGAAGUUGAAUUCGAUAUUAGUGACAGAGAAAACCUAAAACCAACUGAUCCUAAAUGGGCGAAUUAUAUUAAAGGUUGCAUUGCCCAAUUUCCAUAUGACGGAAUAUUACCUGGUUUUAAAGCAGUUAUUGUUUCAACCGUGCCAGUUGGAGCUGGACUGAGUAGUUCAGCCGCGUUAGAAGUUGCAACAUAUACUUUUCUAGAGGCUAUGACUGGUUGUUUUACUCAGAAAUUGGAAGAUAAGGCUCUAGUAUGUCAAAAUGUAGAACACCACUUCACUGGAGUUCCUUGUGGAAUAAUGGACCAGUUUAUAUCAGUUAUGGGAAAAGAAGGACAUGCUCUUCUUUUGGACUGUAGAGACCUUUCGAUAAAGCAGAUACCAAUAGAACAUAUUGAAGAUAAUGUCUUUUUAAUAACAAAUUCAAAUACUCCUCAUAAAUUGAGUUCUAGUGCCUACUGCGAGCGAAGGGACAGUUGUUUCGAAGCUGCCAAGUUGUUGAACAAAAAAAGUCUUAGGGAUGCUACUUUAGAAGAUCUCAAAGUACUAAAGUCUAAAAAUUGUUCGGAAGUGAUUAUAAAGAGAGCCCGUCACGUUAUUACUGAAAUUCAGAGAACUUUGGAAGCCGCGGUUGCUUUACAAAAUGGAGAUUUACAAAAAUUUGGAACCUUGAUGAAUGAAAGUCAUGACUCCUUAAGAGAUGAUUAUCAAGUGUCUUCUAAGGAACUUGAUACAUUGGUAUCAAGUGCCAGAGAAGUUCAGGGAGUCGUUGGCAGUCGUUUAACUGGUGCAGGAUUCGGAGGUUGCACUGUUACACUUUUGAGAAAAGACGCUGUCGACGAAGCAAUUAAGCAUAUUAAGAAGAAGUACAAAGAUGCAACAUUCUAUAUUUCAAAACCAUCGGCAGGUGCCAGACAAUUAGAAGCCAAGUAAAGAAAUAAUACAUAAGUGGAAAAAAUAUUUUAUUCAAUUGGACAAUAAACAAAGUGCUAAAACACUGUAGGACAAAAAUAUAAAGAUAAAUAAUGAGUUUUGUAAUCAAAGUAAUUUUUAUUUACAUUAAAAUUUCUUAAACAUACAAAGAA